UAAUCGUGUAUUAAAUUGUUAAUAACUGACAUAGUUACCAGUCCGGUUGCUAUAAUAACUGGAACGCGUAAUUAAUCGGAUAAUGACAAUUUCCUCGCUUGCGUGCGAUGUGACAUUUAAUACUCAAUGCUGCGAUCCAUCAAAGGCCAAGGAACGUCGGGAUAAUGGGUCGUGUCAAAGCUCUUAAAGAGAUACAAGUGGAGACAUGGCUUAUCAAGAACAAAAUAAGCCGAUAUCGUAGAAUUCUGAAAUUGCAUGCACGUGAUAAAAAGCUACAGCUUUCGCAAGCGGUGAGAUUGAAAUCGCUAGUGUCACGAAAGAUCCCAUCCCUGGAAAUAGAUGUAAAGAGAUAUCGUGAAAUCGUCAGUGAUCUCUACGAUGAUGGUAAACAACAUGUACUCAAGUUGUUGAGCGAUGACAGGAGAUUUUACUUGGCGUUUAUUCACCUGAAACCAUCUGAAAUUUAUGCGGCGGUGUAUCAGGAUUGCAGUUUGAAACGACGCCUCCUAGACAAGCUUUACUAUGAGAAAAAAAGAAAAUUGAAGCGAGGUAUCGAAUUACAGCUGGAACACAAUGUUCUUUCGACGGAGCUCGAGGAGCAGAGCGAGGAACCGCCAAACUGCGAGCAGCAACGAUUGGUAGCGCAAUUACAGCGUUCCAUCGCGAAACACAACGCGGCAAAAGAUAUCUAUCUUACGUACUGCUCGAUGCUGAAUAUUCUGAAAAAAGAUGCGAUAUUUUUCGAUAGUCUGAUGAACAUCUUGAAAGAAAAUCAAUCGUCCCAAUGUAAAGAUAUGAUGAGAGUGAUAGUGAUGGGUCAAUUGGCGGCGGAAAAUCUAGAUGACAUCAGACAGAAAUAUAAACGAAUGUCUCGGAUUAUCCUGCAUAACAUGAAGAUCAGAGAACAAAUGUUGAAUACUGUACGCUCUCAGGUGAAGGAUCUGUGGGCUUUCGCGCAGUCAUUGGUGCGUGUCGAGAGCGAUCACAUUUUCGCGAAGAAAGAUAUCGACAUGUUCGCUAAUAAAAUAUUAGAAAAUCAAUUAGCGCAAUUGGAAGAUAUUUGCGCACAAGUGACAGAUGCUUUACUCGUGCGAUCGUAUCAUGACCUGUUAUCAAGACUUGAAAAUCAGUUCGAACAGAAGAGAGCUUUGCUAGCACGAUUGGACGUCAAUAUAAAGAAUCGUGACACUUUGUUGAAUACAAAAAUUCAAGCUCUGCACGUUCUGGAAACUCUCAAGCAUUCCACAAAAGCAAUAGAACAGCACAAGAUAAAUGAUGCACAUGAUAUGUUAGAGCAACUCGAAAUCGAGAAAAAACGUGAAAAAGACCUCAAAGAACAGAUAAAAACUUGUGGCGAAUUACUUAUGAAUAUCAGAGCGGCCUUACAGAGUAUGAACACAAUAUUGCUCUUCGUCAAACCCAUCAGUAAGAUUGUAAAGAAACCAGUUAAAGAUGGAAAUAAGAAGGAGAUGAUGAUAACCAAUGAUAAAGAAGAGGUGGAAGAAGAGCUCGAAAAAGUGGACACCGAUGUCUUGGUGUUGCUGUCGAAAGUCAGCCGAAAGGUUGGCAUUCUCUUCGAAAUUAGUACUAACUUUGAUCUCCAUCUGGAGAAAGAGGAUGAAGCCCGGGAUCGCUAUCAUACCUACGUAUCAAAUUACAGUUCCGGCUUGAUAUUCGGAACCGGUGAAGAGGAACCGAUUGGGUUACUGGUUGAGCACGAGAUAAUCGAUGUUACUGUCCCGACGCGGGCAGAUAUCAAGCAACAUAGUAGACAGGUUUUAGAAGCGCAUCUAAAACCAGAAUAAAUAUUUGUCAUGUCAGGUCUCAUUACAAUAAAAAUGUGAUGAUUGAAAACAGUUUCUAUUUAUUGUACAAUAUGCUGCAUUAUCAAUAGAAAUCAAUUUAGUAUUCA